UCUCUCUCUCUCUCUCUCUCUCGCAAUGGCGAGGAAGCGGAGGGUCCCGGAGGUUCUAUGGAGGUUGUUCAACAGCCGCGCUCGAACCCUAGCCGACACCAUUAUUUCAUUGAUUCCACCAACGACGCCUUCUGCGGCUGCGGCGUGCCGUUGCAAGGGGCGGGGAUGCCUGGGUUGUACCGGCGACGGCGCCAUUUCGUUCCUGCUCCGGCCAGAUGACCCGUCCGAUUAUCGCAAGCUCUUGUAUCAAUGCAUCGUUGUUGUAUCCGACAAUGCCCCUCCUUUCUCUGCGUUUUAUCCUGACCGUCGUUGGUCCCAACAAGAGGUCUCUCCUAACCCUUCAGUCUAUUACUGGUCGUACACAGUGGCGUUAAAUUGGUUAUCGUCUGUGGUAUAAAAUAAUAGACGUUGUUUAUGACAUUCUUCAUAAAAUCCGUUCUCCAUUGGAUACAUGAUUCUCGGUUGCUGUGAGAUUAGGCUUUUCACCCUCUUGUUGUGUCUGGCGAUCAGACCUAGCAUAGCCUAUAUACUAUUCAUGUUGUUGGUGACCAGGUGUUAUUUACGUUACGAAUUAGUUGUUGAAAAAAACAAGUUGCACCUCUCUGUUUCAGUAUGUGUGUGUUGUUCUUCUUUUUGGAGGGAAGAGCAUUAAAUGGUUUCCCUCAAUAAACCAUCCUGUUUACCAAGACGUUAUAGCAUUGGAGAGUUUGUUACAUAUCCAGUGUAGAUACAACUCAUUGUUUUAGAAAAUUUGCUUCGUCUUCGUUCACUACUUAUUCAAGGAGUCUGCUUCAAUUUUCUAAAGGAAAUAGGGUGACUCACUUUGGGUUUCUAUUAAAUAGCAAACAAAAAAAAUAUCGUUUGGCAUUUGAAAUGUUUGCAUAUCCAUAUUUAUCGCAAAAGCAGAAGUUAGGGAAACCAUUUGUGCAAUUUCAAAAUGGUUAUUAUCACUACGUAUCUCGUUCUGGUGGUUGGAUUCUAGUUUUUGUGAUCAGCUGGUGAUUCAGCCUUCACAUGUUCAUUUACGACCAAACAAUAAAUAAUCUCCUUGAGGUUGCUGCAUGUUUCAGUUUGCCUUUACAUUGUUAUUUGAUGUACUUGUGUCUAAUCUAAGUGCCGAGUUGAUAUCUAUUUAUGCUGGCUUUUUACUGCAUGUUAUGGUUCAGAUUGUUAAGAGGACCAUUGAAAUGAUAAUAAGCGAGCAACCCUUGUCUUCUAAUGUCUUAUGCAGUGAUUAUGACAAGUAAUCAUAUACACUGGCAGCAUUGCUGUUCGAGCUCUGCCAUGGAGCUUUUAACAAGUUCAGCAUGGGACUUUCUAUUGAGAAGGGUUGGGGAUGGAGUGAUGGUCUAUUUGCUGAAGUAUACUUCUAUAUUUUUGCCACUUCCUCGUAAGAAACACUAUCAGGUGGCAGGUUUUCCUAUCAGUGAUUUUUGCCUCAAGUCAAAGCACAUAUCAGAGCCCAAAUGUCUUCAUUCUUCAUUUGCUGUUGGAUCAGGGAAAAAGAGAAAAGGAGUUUAUGAAGUUGACUUAUUGUCAGAGAAAGAGUAUUCCAAUGCUGCUUUCAGUGAUGAUGUUCCCUCUGGUUCAGUUAAUUGCUUCAGUCAUGAUGGUCUGAGUUAUUCUUCUUCAUUCAGCAGGCAUUGUAGGAAAAAGAGGUAUCAGAAGAGUUCAUCUGGACGACCCACGUUACAAACUAGAACAGCUAAUUGUAACACCGAAGGAAGUCCAAACGAGGAACAUCACGGUAGCUCAAAUCAGCUUAUAGUGAAGCCUGGAAAGCGUCAAAGACAGUUUAGUUGGCAGCGCCACAGGAAGCGUAGGAAAUUUGACAUUCAAGAAACCCAUUCUCUGAUCCAAUGUGCAAGAAAUGCAAGUGAUGGAGAUAGCUCAUAUGAGAAGCCUCAUUCUGGGUUUAACACAAGCAUGCCAUUUCAGUGCUCUUGCUGUUUGUUUCUGCAAAAAAUCCAGUAUAUCAGCAGAGAAGGUCAUAUUGAUCGGCAGUCCAUAUUUUAUAGGUCGGAAUGUUCUGCAUCAGUUUUACCUAGAAAUCAUGUGUUGAAUUCUUUGAGGCCCAAUGCCUCAGGUGCUAAAGUUCUUUUUGAGGAUAUAUUUGGCUUAUCUGAUGGCAAUAUUAAUUCCCUGUCACGGUCAUGCUACCACAGCAGUAAUUGUUGUCUCACAAACUACAAGUGCCUAUACCAUUCACUUGUUAAGUUUCUUAAAAAUCUCAUACGCAAAGCUCACCGCUGCCAGCAUUUGAGGUUAUUAGAAAAGCACUGUCCAAUACCAUCUUUGGAUCAAAGUGCUGAAGGAGGAAUUGGUUCCAUAGUCGAGGGCAUUGAUUUCCAAGCAAAUUUUCCAGGGAAGAGGCAUGCUAAGGUUCAGCAGGAUGGGAAGUUGCCACCUGAUAAUUUAACCAACACCGAUAGUAACAUUUGUGGCAUAACUCCAGAUGUCCUUGAUCAUCAAUUUGAGCCAAGCCAGUCUUAUUGCCUUAAAAAGCAUGUGGUGUCGUUUUUAUGGGCUGUUUGCAGGAGUAUAGUUCCACCAGAUUUGCUUGGAACUUCUUCUAACUGGAGAAUUCUGAGGAAGAGUAUCUCAAGGUUUGUUCGGCUUCGAAGAUUUGAAAAGUUCUCUUUAAAGCAGUGUAUGUAUAAGUUGAAAACAUCAGUGUUCCCCUUUCUAUCUGAUAAACGCGCUUCAUGCUACUCGAAUGUCAAGAUGCUAAAGAGCAGAAAAAGGCAGAUUCCAGAUUUGCAUAAAAGACAGAGCCAAGUAGAAUUCGCUACUCAUUCUAUUAAACAUAAAAUUGUGCAGAACUGGAUACUUUGGUUCUUUUCAUGUCUGAUAGUGCCCUUGGUGCAAGCCAACUUCUAUGUUACAGAAAGUGAGCAUGGGAAACAAAAUUUGUUUUAUUAUCGGAAAUCAGUCUGGGAGAAUAUAAUGAACAAAGCGAUCAUCUCCUUGAAAAAUCGGAACUAUCACCCUUUAAAUGAUGAAUCGGUUUGGAACAUUACAAACAAAAGGUCAUUCGGUUUCUCAAGGGUCCGACUUCGUCCAAAAGAAAAUGGAGUAAGGGUGCUAGCAAAUCUUAAAGCAUCCUCAAGAAUACUGGGCAAAGAAUUCUCUUUUAAAGUUCAACCCAAUAGGUUGGUGGGAAAAUUGUCAUUGGAUCCAAAAGAAGUUAAAUAUGACUAUUUCAGGUCUGUGAAUAGUGUUCUUCGUGAUUUGCAUGCAGUACUAAAAGGUCUACAGUUGAAAGAACCAGAGAAUUUGGGCUCCUCAGUAUUCGAUUAUAAUGACGUCUACACAAAGCUAUGCCCUUUCUUAUCAGCUCUGAAGAAUGGAUCGACAAAGGUGCCUGAAGUAUUCAUUGUUGUCUCAGAUGUAUCUAAAGCAUUUGAUUCUGUUAAGCAGGAUAAGUUGAUCAGUGUAAUGGAGGAAAUAAUGCAGAGUGAUGAAUAUCUCAUAAAGAAGUCUCAUCAAGUUGUUUGUGCAAAUAAAUCUUUGUGGGCUCAUCAAAACCUAAUACUAGCAGACCAAGACACCAGCAUUGGCUCUACUAUUUUUACAUCUUUUGCCUCCCGUUGUUCAUUGCAGGGCAUCCUUGUUAAUCAGGGUCAGAGCAAAAAUACAAGGAAGGAGGAGCUUUUCUUUGAUCUAAAUGAGCAUGUGAAGCACAAUGUACUGCAAUUAGAUAAGCACUUUUACUUGCAAGAUGUUGGUAUACCCCAAGGAAGUGUUUUGUCUUCACUGCUUUGCUCAUUUUAUUAUGGGCAUCUAGAAACCAAGGUAAUAAUUCCAUUUCUGCAGAAGAGUGUAGAACCUGGUAACGACAAAUUUUCUGCAACAGAGAAUAGAAAUCAUGUUUAUUCUCUUCCAAAUAAUGAGGCUGGAGUCAUCGUGUCGUCCCCUAAAUACAUGCUACUUAGAUUUAUCGAUGACUUCAUUUUCAUAUCAACCUCGAAGAAGCAAGCUGCUAGUUUCUUCUCCAGGCUGCGAAGGGGAUUCAGAGAAUACAACUGCUACAUGAAUGAAGCAAAAUUUGGACUAAAUUUUGAUGCUGACCAAGUAUCAGGACUUGCAUCAAACCGGGUGUACAUGGGGCCAGAUGGCGUACCAUUUCUUGGAUGGAGUGGCUUGUUUAUCAACUGUCGCACUUUAGAAGUUCAGGCAGACUACACAAGGUACCUGAAUAUGCAUUUAAGUUCAAGUCUUACGGUCUGCUGGCAAGGUAAACCAGGCGGUCAUUUAAAGGCAAAGUUGUGCGAUUAUCUGCGACCUAAAUGCCAUCCCAUAUUCUUCGAUUCAAAUAUCAAUUCGUCGGCAGUUGUCAGAUUGAAUAUUUAUCAAGCUUUCCUGCUAUGUGCGAUGAAAUUCCAUUGCUAUGUCUGUGACUUGUCUAACAUCUGCAAGCUUGACUUGAAAUCAUACAUGUGCAGUAUUGAGAAGUCUUUGAGGUAUAUGCACAAGCUUGUUAAAAAAAGGAUGCAUUCUGUGGAUCUUGGUUCUAGUUUCCAUCCAAUUUUUCAAGUGGAGAGGGGAGAAUUUGAAUGGCUUGGACUCGUUGCUUACACCCAAGUACUGAAGAGAAAACAGUCUCGGUACAGGGAUUUACUGUCGUUACUAAGGUCUAAGUUGAUAGCACAUGAAGAAAUAGAAAGUGUUUCAUCGGUUCUAAGGUACGCAGUCGAUGAUUCACAUUCUUCUGUGAUUUGGAAGAUCAGAUAUUAGAUCAUAAACCAUCUAGCUGUGAUAUACACUUCAGUUGCUCAUCGCUGUCAUUUUGGAAGGCAACAUUGCAUCUUCUUGGAAGUACAUUUCACUGGUGGGACUAUGGCCAAUUUAUGUUCAUUAUUUUUUUGGUCAUCUUGCGGCUGUCUUUUUUUUCUCCUGGAGCUGUUGGAUGUAUUUUGUCUUUCGGGGUCUCUCUAUUGCAAAGAAUGCAUUUUUCUUCUUUUUCUGCUUCAUUGGUUUAUGUUUUGGUUGGUUCUCUCUCUGCUGGGAUUGUAUUUUAGAGAGAGGUAGAGAGAGAUUGAAAUUCCGUUCAGUUCUUCAGAUGAUCUUGGUGGAAAAGAAUUGAUCUUGAAACAAAUAUAUAUACUAUUAGAGGGAUUUCUUUGCGUA